AUGCCCGGCGAGGUCGAACGAGGUAGUCUUAAUAAUGGCUCCGGCAAUGCUUCAGCUUACCCCAAAACUGCUUUGAACACAGUCCGUGUCUACAAGCAAAGAGGCCACUACGAUUACCGCACCGUGCACUCCAUCCUCGCCUCGACCUUCGUUUCGCACGUUUCCUUUAUCAUCAAAGAUGAAGAGGGCGAACCGAUACCGAUGAACCUGCCACUGACGGCCGUUCUAGGUCGUUAUGACCCAAACAAUCCAUUACCAGAGGAUGACGGGGACGAGGAACAAUAUAUGCACCAGCAGGAAUCAAUGACCGAUGGGCCGGCGGAUCUCUAUCUACACGGCAACGCAGCAUCCUUAUUGUGUAAAGCCAUCAAGGAGAAUGGCUCUGUACGCGUCUGCAUCAGUUCCACCAAAGUCGAUGGAGUUGUUAUGUUUUUCACUCCAAACGGACAUUCAUUAAACUAUCGCUCAGUCGUCGUUCACGGCGAUGCGGAGCUUGUGUCGAGCCUCGAAGAACGCCGCUAUGCUAUGCAUCUGCUCACCAAUCACAUGGUACGGCGACGCUGGUCAGGCACGAACCCCGUGUCCCCCUCGGCCGUUAAAAGCGUGCAAGUAAUGCGCGUAAAGAUUCGUAGUGCAUCUGCCAAGGUUCGUGCAUCGAACAUAGGCAGCUUUGAACCAAGAGAAAUGGGUACUCGACAGGAUGUCUGGACGGGUGUCGUGCCCUUGUAUGAAGUCCUCGGGACACCAGUCAGCAGUGGCGGCUUUCCGGAGCGUGAAGUGCAAGAACAUCUGGAGGAUUGGCGGUCAACAAGGAAUGAAGCCGAGAAGAGUUAUGCGGAGAGAGUGGCGAUUCCGUCUGAUGUGGAAUUAAGCUCAUGGCAGAAAGUCACGUCUGAAUGA